CAGACGCGGUCGCGCGGUACUUACAAGCUCUUCGGCAAGCAAACGCGACGGCUCGGUUUACUUAAGAACUUUGCAGAGGGGUUGCUUUUUUUUGAAUAUUUUUAUUUUCGCAAUAAGUGUUUUUCGUCAAGUGAAAUCAAAGAGAGAGAGAGAAAAACCGGUGUGCCACCAGCCCGGACGUUUCUGUUGACCCAGGCCAUUAGUGUUUAGAGGAAGAUUUUACGGAAUUUAACCGAAUUGUAAAGUUUGGUGGAGUCAGAGAUCAGGCUCAACGAAGCGAUUGCAUGUAAUGAGGAAAAGGUGCGUUGCGCACGAAUCCCAAAAUUGUGUAGGCAAAAGCCCUUUAAGUUGGAACCCUGCGUUACGCUAGCAUAAUCAAGACCUUGCCUUCACGGGUUGGCGGCGCGCGGUGAGGAUGACGAGCCAAAUGGCACUACAAUGGCCACUGGUAGUGCUGCUGGUUCUGCCGUUAGUGACCCACCUACCAACGGUGGCCGAGGCCAGCCACAACGGCUUUAUUGAACUAUCCGAGUACCUCAAGUUCCCGAAGGUGUUUGAGUACGAUGACUAUGAGGAGUGCCGGCGGGAGCAUCGGGAUGAGUACGCGUUCUGCGUGGUGCACGCGACCAUCAGCCCGGAUGAGUCGUCGGAACUGUACCGCAAUUUGACGACAUUUUCGCAAGACACCCUCCACUACGAUCACACCCGGCUGGAGCGUGGCGUGUGCAUCCAGGAGUGCAAACAGUUCCUCCACUCGAUCGGCGGUUAUUCGACGCAACUCGACGCGCUGCCCGACGAUGAGCAAUCGUACGCCCGACUUGCCCAGGCCUGCAUCAACGAGAAGAUCAGCCGACGGUACCAUCUGCAGGUUCAGUCGCAAGUUCAAAUCUACCACUGCUACACCAAGCAGAACGCUGUGCAGCCUGUUGACGCGCUGGAGGUACUGUUCUACGUGGUAUCGUUGCUGCUGGUGCUGACGGUGGUCGGAUCUACGGUGUACGACCUGCGGAUGCGACCCGGAAAGAACGCCCCAGCGAAUUACUUCAUGCAAUCGCCGAAAUCCGGCCGCGAUAAGCUGUUGGUGUCGUUUUCGAUACCGAGGAACAUCUAUCGCUUGAAGGAUUCUACUGAUGGGCGGAUUCGUCAAGAUCUGCAGUUUCUCGAGGCGUUCCGCAUGAUCCAGAUGUGCCGGGUGGUGUUUCUGCACAUUACGACCGCCCACGGCAAGGCACCGUCCACGAACACGGACUACAUGGAGGGCAUCCAGCACAAACCGGUCACCGUGAUCUACAUCGCCGAGUUCCAGAACUACGUGCAGACGUUCCUGUCGAUCUCGGGCAUGCUGCUGACCAUCAACUUCCUCGAGCACAUCCGCAAGAAUCCGGACUUUACGGUCAAGAUCUUCUGGGAGAAGCUGCGGGGACGGCUCUGCCGAAUUAUACCGUCGUAUGCGUUCAUCAUACUGCUGCAGGUCGGCUUUAUGAAGCGACUGAUGGACGGCCCAAUGGGGCAGCAGUUCAUCGGGGAGUCCCAGGAGAACUGUCGGCGCUGGUGGUGGGCGAACCUGCUGUUUUUCAACAACUACGUCCGCACGAAUCAACCGUGUCUCAUCCAGUCCUGGUACCUAGCGGCCGACAUGCAGCUCUUCAUCUACGGAAUGGUCGUCAUGAUGCUGAUCUGGCGCUGGCCAACGCUCAAGAACUACAUCUUCUCCGCGGCGUUCGUGUGCGCGGCCGUCAUACCGACCUACACCAACUACGUGCACCGCAUCACGCCGGCCAUGACCACCCAGAUGAAGGAGCUGUACCGGUACAAUCGGGAGCACUUGUACCACUACGACAUGUACUUCCCGUUCGAGCAGAACAUCGGCGCGUACUCGUUCGGUAUGUUCGCCGGCUUCAUCUACCACCGGUACCGCGAAUCCCGCAAGACCGUCCUCAACUCGGGCCUGUUCCGGGUGAUGUUCGUCGUGGCGACCGCACUGUACGUCUUCUCGCUGGCGUCCGUCUACUGGGUGGUGGCCUACAACAGCCAGGUUCCGCCGCUGCUGUCCGCGAUGUACGCGACCCUGUUCCGCCAGGUUUGGCCCGUGCUGACGACCCUGAUCCAGCUGGCGUUGGCGCUGACGGCGACCGGUACGCUGCUCAAGAGCUUCUUCAGCCACCCGAUCUUCGGCGUCGGCGGCAAGCUCAGCUACAGCGUGUACCUGAUACACUUUACCGUGAUCGAGCUGGUGUACGGAGCGGUCAAGGGACCGGUCUUCUCCAGCGAGCGAAUAAUUUCAACCUUCGUGGCCCAAAUCUACCUGUGGACGGUGCUCUUCGGAGCCGGGCUGGCCGUGCUGGUCGAGCUGCCCUCGGCGGCGGCCCUGAAGGAGCUGCUGGACCGACGAAAACCCAGCUCGGCCAGCGCACCCGUGCAGCACACAACGCAACUUUCCGUACGGAACAUGGACCAGUGAUUCUACAGUAUUAGCAUCUAAAGCAUAACGUGUACAAAGAAACUUGUAAAUAGAGAACAUGAUCGGGAGCUGUGUAAUUUUA